UCCCCUUGCCUCGUGCAAGUGGGAGGGUGUUUGUCCCAGCCCGGGACUCACGAGCCCAAGAAGAAGCCUGAUUGGUUGGCUGGCUCGUGGUGGGCGGGGCUUGCUGAGAGGCCGAGCGUUUCCCCGCUCUGGCCUCUCAGUCGGCUGUUUGUUUCCGAUUAGGAAGGAGCUCAGUCCGGGAGCUCCUUCCUCGAAGGCCUUAGUUGGGGGGGUGCGCCCGACAAGCGGGCGAGGCGGCAUUCGGCGGCGUUCCGUCGAGGGGGCCAUAGUGUCAGCGGUGGCCCCGCUGGUAGGGGGGUACUCCCGGGACUGCUCCCGGCUGGGUUGCAGCUGCAGCAGCAGCGUCUUUGGGCCUCUUCAGCGCGGCGUCGGCACUCGGCUUCCUGGGCGUGGUUCUCCUUCUGGGCGUUUGCCCUUUUGGUUUGUGGGGUAUUUGGGGGGUUUCCAUCAGCCUGGGUGGCUGGGCAGCGGCCCCUUUUCCGUUCCCUGGAGCACUACUUUUGAUGCCAACAUUCUUUUAUUUGUUUGGUGGGUAGCAGGUGGGUGUUUGUGCUCAUCGGUGCCCUGGUGGGCCUGGCCUGGUUGAGAGUCAAAAGGCCUUUUCAAGCCUUCUCCUUGGGUGGGGGGCUCUGGUGCUUUCCUGGAUAGGAUUGAGUAUUGUUUUUGAUUCAGGACAAGGGCUUGGCUUUUGUUCUAUAUCCUUGCUACCUUCAUUCUGUGUGUGGUUGGCGCUUUUUUUCUCUCCAACCCCUUUUGGAAUCCCACUAUUUGGAGGCAGUAUGCCGGGGAAGGCCAAGGGCAAGAAAGGGGGGCGCCCUGUUAAGCAGCCCAAGAGGCCUGCUCCCCCGCAGUCCUCCUCGGAGGAGGAGGAUGAGGAGAUGACUCUGAUACGGGGGUUAAUUAAUAGGAUGGAAGCUUUAGAGAAAGCAAAAGCAGCCCCCUCCGACAAAGGUGCGGGUCCUUCAGGUGUGGGGGGGGUGCCUCCUCCUAAGGUCCCUCGGAGGACCAGGGGUUCUGUGAAAAGCCAGCUGCUAACUUCUCUCUCUAGUAGGCUGGCUGCGCUGGAAGAAGGGCUGAACCCUGCUGGACCGGGCCCUUCUGCUCCUGCGUUACCGCUUCCUGAACCUGAGUCUCCAGUUCCGGAGUCGCCUUCACCAUUGCUACCUCCGCCUGCGGCACCAGUUGUUCAGCCUCCAGUGGAUACGGCUACUCCUUUGGCCCAGGGUGCUGGCGGGGCGGCGGUCCCGGUCCGAGUCCUGAUGUGUGGCCAUUCGUUGGUCUUCUGGGCUUUCAAGCGGGCCAGCACCACCCGCGGGGGAUCCCAGUUGGGUUUAGGAAGCAAGGCUUCAGUUUAUUGGUUGGGCAUGAGGGGCAUGCUCUGGAAUCAGUUGCUUCCAGCAUUGAGGGAGCAUUUAGAUAGGUUUCCCAUUCCCGACAUCCUGGUUCUUCAUUUAGGGGAGAAUGAUUUGGGCCGGCGGCCUGGCCUCGCCAUCCUUCAGCAAGCCUCCUCGGAUUUGUCUAUUUUGCGCAGCUGGAUGCCUGGCGUGCGCAUAAUAUGGGUUAAUUGGCUCCAGCGCAGGGUGUGGCGGGGUGCUCAUUCUUGCCUUAGCUUGGAAAAGGCACGCAGGAAGAUUUCAGCCGCAAUAGGUAAAGUGGUUUUGGCGGCCGGGGGGUCUGUGGUGCGGCAGCCAGAUAUAGCUGCUCGCUUUCCCGAGUUAUUCCGCCCUGACAGGGUCCACCUGUCUGAGAAAGGUUGUGAUUUGUAUCUGCAUAAUAUCCGGGAAGUGCUUGCUGAAGGUUUGGAGGGGGUGGGGCAGGAAGGUCAAGCGAGGGCUAACCUUCCUGGGUGGCGGUAACAGUGCGGGCUGUGGGUAAGGAGGUCUAGAUUUCGGUGAGCACCCUUGGACAUUUUAAGGUGGAUUGGUCAAUUGCUUCCUUGUGGCCUGUGCGGCACGGGAAGAAUUACAUUGCCAAGAAACCUGCUUCAGGACUUCACCUACCUUUGGGCUGUGCGGUCCGGGGAGGUAAAGAUCUGAAGCUGUCCAGAUCCCCUCUUCUAAAAGGGGUGGUUGGCUUUGAAGGAAUUGGGCGGGAGCUACCUGCCUCUUUCCUGAGCCAGGGUGUGUCGCCCUUGCAGGCGAUGGGUAGGACGUUUUGAAUCCUAGCCCACGCCUAGGUGCCCGCACUGUUUUUAUGUUGGUGAUUAAUCACCUUGUUUCCAGUCCGCCACAAAUGUUGUUAUAUUAAUAAAGCGUGGCCCGUUUCUCCCAUUAAAAAAUGUCUCUGUGUCUUCUUGGGCUGGGGUCUGGGUACAAUGCACCAAAUUUGGAAAGAGAAGCAUCCAGACACAGAAAUAACAGAACAAAGGCUAGCAGACCAGAGAAGAUUCAUAAUCAGAAAUAAAGCAUUCACAGGAGUUGAGCUGGAAGAACUGCAAAGAGCAACACAGGCUCAAGAUAUGGAAGAAGAAUUACCACCAAUUGAAGAAGUUGCCCAGGCGUAGGUGGAGAAGGUGUUGGGAAUAGAGGGUGCCACUGUUGCUGAACUGUUUCAAAAUCAAAACCAGGCAACCUCCCCUUUGCCUUCACCUCAAAAACCCGAAUGCCGUUUAACAGAAAAGCAGCAAGAACUAAAGCAAAAAGUAACUGAGCACAUGAACCAAACAACCACCAGGGUUCGACUUCCCGCUCUAAAAACAGUUGCCAAAAAACAACUUGCUCAGGCAUUAAAAGAUGUCUAUGCUGCACUUGCAGAAAUAACAACCAAUAAUUUGCAAGAAACAAACCAACUAAUGUACAGUGCAGCAACAAUAACAACACAAGAGCUCGGAUAUAAGAUCAGUGGACCUGUAAAAAAAGAAAGUAGUACAUCACCUAAAUGGAAGAUUAGAUUAGAAAAUAAAAUCUCCAGGCUUAGAUCAGAUGCUAGUAAAUUGAAAGAUAUGAAAGACAAGAAGCUGAAGAAUGAAAACACCAAAGAGUAUCUGAUCCAAAAAUACCACCUCGAUGCAAGGAAAAUUAGAGAAGUCCUGGAAAUAAUAAAGCAGCAAAUAACAGCAGUGUCAAAGAAGAUUAGCAGAUAUGACCAGAAUUACACAACACAGGCAGAAUCUCCAAUUCCAGUUGAAUCAGAGAUGUUUCUACCAAAGCAUAGAAGGAGAAACAGCAAGAAACGUAGAAACACCAAAUAAAGAAGAAACAGUGCAAUUCUGGGGGAAAUAAUAGGACAACCCAAUAGAUUAUAAUAAAAAAGCAGGCUGGAUGAAAGAGGUCAAAAAAUGUAACCAACAAAUGCAAGAUCUAAUAAUAACACCAGAAUUAAUAAGUGAAAGAGCAAAGAAAAUUAAA